ACAUAUCAGUUUUGAUAAUAAUAGAUAACCUGUAGACUUAAAAAGUGAUUAUGACCACUGCAUUAAGGUGUAUUGAAAUAUAAUUUUAAUACUGUUAGUGAUUAGAGAAAUUGGAUUUGAAAUUGACUGAAUUAAUGCACUAUUGCUGAAUCAUUCUCUUUGUAUUAGUACACUUGCUUAUUCACCCUGAUUGUUCAGAAAAUGCACUGCCUGAAUAAAGAUAAAGUCGAUCAAACCUUUUUUUAAACAUUUUUUUCAAAAUGGAUUGUGCCUUAGCACAUGUUAUAUAUCAAUCAUAUGCAGGGGCAAGAGCAGAUUUAGACAAAAUGAUUAAUAGAGCUCCCCAGUAUUAUAAUACCAUAACAGCGUGGCUCAGCCGAAGAGUAACAUGAUCAACACCUUUAAAGAUGUGAGAAAUCUAGAGGAAGCACAAGAUCUUUUGCAAAUAGCAUUAAAAGAGGAAGUUCAGUGGACAAUGAAAGCGAAUGGUGCUUUCGAUAAGAUCAAACAAGAAUUAGUUUCUUCCACUGUGUUUAGCUUUAAUUGAUUGCACUAAACAAUUUGUGCAAACCGUAGUUUGAAAAAUGAAAUUAAUGGCUUCCAUGUUGUUACAAAAACAUGGCACAAAGUUAGGACCUGUAGAUUUUUAUUUUAAGAAGUUAAAUAUGGUAUGGUAUACCAGCACUACCACCCUGUACAAGCAGUUUGUGAAGGAGCAAUGGGUGUAGAAGUAUUAGCUGAAAUUAUUUUAUUUCACCAUUUGAAAUUCUUAAUUACAUAUGCUGUAGAUAUUUUACUUUUAAAAACCUAAACUGAAGUUCUUAUCACCUGCUCGACAUAUGUCUUGUAUCACCGUGCUAAUCUCACAACCACACAUUCCCAUUCAGAGGUGUAAUACAAUAAACCAAGCAAUUGUAGGAGAACCUCGUUGUUGUAUUGAACUAACAGAUCAAUUUGUUUUGGCCAGACCAGAUCUAAAAGACCAAGCAUUAGAAGAAGGAGAAGUGUGGUUUGUAGAUGGUUUGUGUUAUAAAGAUAGAGCAGGCAAAACUAUCACAGGAUAUGCUGUGGUUAGCUCAGACCGAAUUAUAAAAGCCAGACAGUUGCUAAAUACACAUUCAGCACAAGCUGCAGAGAAAUAAUAGCUUUGAAAAAGAGCAUGUCUUUUGGGAAAAAGGCCAAUCAUUAACUGUCCAACCAGUUGUCAGUAAGCCUUUUCAAUUUUUUUUGUUUAAAUUUUUUUUUGUUGUUGUUGUUUUUGUUUUUUGUUUGGUUGUGUAUUUGUUGUUUUUGAUUUGAAAAACAAUGGGAACUGAGAGGUAAGAAGACCUAUAAGUAAUAAAUAAUAUAAAGUAAUAGAUGAACAUUUUAUAAUCUAUGGAUUUAAUUACUACUAAAAAAAAAAAUUUUUGUAAAGCAUGUACCAUAUGCAUAAAGCAUAAUGCACAAGGAAAUGUUAGAGUACUCAGAGGUAAAUUCCCGGAACCAUUUAAAAGAAUUUUAAAGAAUCAUUGUGCAUAUCAUCCACAAAUUGCAGGACUGGUGAAAUAAAUAAAUGUCACGGUAAAAGAAUAGGGAAAAAAUUAAUAAAUAAAAUAAAUGUAUGGAUGAAACUGUAUUGCUUUAGUGAAGUUAUAUAUCAGAAUAACUCUAACUGUGAAAUGACGUACUCCAUUAGAGAUAAGUUUUGGAAUGUCCCUGCUAACCUCCCCUUUGCAGAAGAAUGAAGAAGAAUAAAACUUUAGUGAUUAUUUAAAAGCAAUUUUUUCUAAAUGAGAAAUGUUACAAGCAAACAUACUGCCAGAUUUUCUCCUCUCUCUGUAAUACAGGAAGCAGCUGUCCAGCAAGGUGACUACAUCUUAAUCAAAGUAAUCAAACGAAAAACUGGUACAGCUCGAAGUGGGAAGGAUCUUAUCAAGUUCUUAUAACCACACCAACAGCAGUAAAGAUUGCAGAAAGACCUUCGUGGAUACAUCUCAGCCACAUCAAGAAACAGUUGGUUUGUUCUGUUCAGGACAGUGAAGUUGUUGUUUAGUUAAUCUAGGUAAGAGAAGUGUGGGUAAGUGAGUGGACCCGGAAGACUGUUUUUGUGACCCCUGUUUAUUUUUCACGGGAGCAAGGGAAGUUUAACCUAGAAGAUAUUGUAGGUAAAAUUAGGUAGCACUUUCCUGUCUACACAGAACAGAAGAAAUGGCUGAUUUUCUGAAAAUAAUCAUUGUGUGUGAUUCUAGCAACCAUGCUGGUGCGUGAGACCCCGCCUGGCUGGACGAAGCAAGAGAAGCAGGAUGAGCUUAAGAGAAAGGAGAGAGCCAAGUGGCAGCAGAUAAAAGAAGGAAAGUAUCAGAACACUUACGAGAUCAACACAGAAAUCACACAAACUGUUAUGCCUGUUCAAAAAGCCCAAGUCAGGAAUGAAUCUGCAUGCAGUUCCUGAACCCGUGAUAGAUGCUUCUGGCUGGUUUCCUGAAUGUCUGGUAUCAGCUUAUUCACUGCAGUUUCUUAACAUGACUUUGCAAAACCGCCUGCCACCUCCUGUGGAUAUUAAGAAACUGACUUUAAGAACUUUAUGAGCCUACCGUUUAAUGCUAGUGAUAAAAUGCACAUUCCAGUCCACGUUCCUCCAAGUGCACAAUUUAUUUGUUAUGAGAACACUGUGACUUUGGGAGAUGAGAUUUAUCUUGGAAAAGUGCCCAAACAGAACUGUAAGCGCAUAUUCAUGCCUUGUACUAAAAAUCAAACAGGACAUUUUAGACAAUCCGAAGCUAACAGAGGAGUUGUGUGUACAAAUUAUUUCAACGCACCCAAUGUCAUGGGAACCACCCCACAGAUGAACUUUGUGUGGUUGUGUGGCUUAGACAUUCAUUAUCAUCUUUCUACUGGGUGGAAGGGCCGGUGUGCCCCGCCCUACCAACAGAUCACUCUUUUAUCAUCACCGCGAAGGAAGCUCAACAUCGCACCAAACGAGAUCUCUACAACAAACCUAACAGAUUGCUAUUGAUUUUUGCUCAGAGACUCGCUGUAACAAACCUGCUUAGACGUAUAUACAUUUCUCUGCGAACAACUCACUAUUAACCUCAACAUCUGCAUCUUUAAAUAUUGUCUUUGCAUUGCCUCGUAAAUAGUUGCCCUGUUGACUCCAUCAGAAUAUUCUUAAAACUCCCUUUUUCAUUCUUAUUGAAAGUCUCGAGGCACUCACAUACACAAAGUCCACAGAAGUGAAUGCUUGAGUUUUGGAGGUGUUUAAACAGUGUAACAUCCUGACUGAUCAAACAGUUCAUGCAGAUCUCAGACCUUCAGCUAAGAGAAGCAACCUAUAAAUUGAUUAAACAGAAGCAGGCCAAGAGUUCACACACAUUUACAUGAAGGGUUCUAGGUUUUAGAGUGAUAUUUAAGAUAUUAAAUGUGUUUUUUAACAUUUCAAAGUUUACUGAUGCCCUACUCAUUUUAUUUGCAAUUAUUCGUACAAAGAAGUGAAUCCUUGUAUCCAGCAUGUGUGAUUUGAACCUAUCUAUCUGUUUCUGUACUUUGAAUUUUCAGGAAGUUUUAUUAGAAAUAUAAUUACCCCAACAUAAUAAAUAUAAAUUCACUUUGAUAGUCUUGUCUGAGCUAAGAGUAAUAAAAUUGUUCAGAAUAAACUGUUGCUUUAGAUCCUUUAAUAUGAUUAUGAAAACAUGUAAAUUCACAGACUUAAAGUGAAUUAAACUGAAUUAAAGACAUGUGCUGACCUAUGAACUAUGCUGUCUUCAUAACAACAGACCAUACAUUGUGUCUCCUUAGGUAGACCAUUGUGUAUAAGACUGUGUACCCUCAUGUAGGCAGUGUUUGUGUGUACCGUCAGCCUUGGAUGUUUACUACUGUCAAAGACAUUGUCAUGUAUAUAAUGCUCCUUUUACCUUAAGGUGUUCAGGCCAGUGUAAGUAUCAAUGUUGUGAGUUUACUCAGUCUGUUUAAAGACAGGACUGUUUGGAGAUCUCACAAAACUGCUACUGGGGUGGUCCUAGGAGGGAAAAGAAGUAAAGAUGGGGACAGCAAAGGGUGGGAGAGGGAUAUUUAAAGAGAAGAAACCUCUGCUGUUGGUGGGACACAGAAGGAAACUUUUGCUUAUGGGACAGGGAUGCAGAAUGAUGACUUAGCUUGAGAUAGUGAUCAACAACACAGAGAAAAGGAGAUUGGACAUUUGAAUGAAACAGAAACCCUUCAGGUAUGAAAUGCUUUGCUUCAUGUUGGAUUUUCCUUUGAUGCAUCACAUUUAAUUAAGACUUUUGUGGGAGAAAUUUGAUUUACUAUGUCUGCAUGUUUUGUAUGUGACCCUGUCUAUGAGAUCCAGACUAAAGUCUCAGGAUCUAAGAUAUCAAGGUUAUAUUUUUACAGAAUGAUCUUUACAUUAUGUUGCAUGAUUUUAUGUAGAAAACAAUAAAUCACAAAAAAGACAGUAUUCCCAGGCAGGGUCACAUUGUUUAUUAUAUUUCAAUGUUUUAUGUUUAAAGAAUGAUUUUUGUUGUGAUCAGUUUAAUGAAUGUGUUUCAUGUAAAAUUAAAUAUUGUCAGCUGCUGUUUAAAAAUGUAUAUGCACUUAAACAAAUGCUGGAAUAUGUACAAUUUGGACAAACCCAACCGUUGGUUUAAAUUAACCUAGAAAAUAUCCAUAUUUGAUUCAACCAUUAAAAAAUAAACAACCCAAUAUUGGUUAUAAUUUAAACCCAAUUGUUCGAUUUGUCCAUAAUUUAUUCAACCAUGGGUUGAAACAACUCUUACCUUUAUUUUUCUUUUGUCUGUAGUAAUAUCAGUGGAGAUCAAUGGGAUCUGAAGAAAAUGAAAGUCUCUCUUCAUUCACUUUCCCUAAUAAAACUGAAAGUGUUUGCUUAAAGCACAAGGAAAAAAGAGCUCCCAUUACCAGUUUACAUAGUUAAAAGAAGCAACCCUCUUAAUUCCUUUCCUCAUACACCACCUAAGACUUUACGAACCACUACAGUAAACCAAGUUUUAACUGUUAAUUCAGUCUUAAUUCACAAUUUUGCUCAUGUCAGAUGUGAGUUUGGGUCUUGCCUUGAUGUCUGAGUGGUCUCCUCCCUUUCCUUCUCCGUCCCCCUUUCCCUCAUGUGACUAUAGCGAAUGGUCUCCAACCUGGGUGCUCAUUCCAAGUGUGUACCUCCUGGUUUUUGUUGUGGGCUCCCUAGGUAAUGGCUUGGUGCUGUGGGCAUACCUGGACCGCAGAACAAGAGGACGAGGUAGGAUGGGAAGCUGUUCCAAACUUUCCCAGACCCCUGAUCCAACUCCAAGGCCUUCCCCCACAUCUGGUUCAGUGACAGAGUCUUUAAUAGCCAAUUUAGCAUUGGCUGACCUGGCUUUCGUUAUGACCCUGCCAUUAUGGGCGGCAUACACAGCGUUGGGCUACCACUGGCCAUUUGGCCACUUUCUGUGCCGGGUGAGCAGUUACAUAGUGGCUCUGAACAUGUAUGCAAGUGUGUUUUCUUUGACUGGGCUCAGUGUGGAGCGUUAUUGUGUCAUCACACGACGCUGUGGUAACAGCACACAAAGGUGUGGAUCAACCACACGGGCAAAGUGGAUUGUGGGUUGUGUUUGGGUGGCAGCAGGAAUCCUGGCACUUCCUGCUCUCCUUCUACGGACCGUUAGGGAGGUGGACAUGGAAGCGGGACCUGAUGGCGACUUGCAGGAUGGACGGGCAUACUUUUGCUUGUGUGAUAUGGACUACUCCAGUUUAAUCUCAAGCGAGCUGGACCCAGCAGCUUCAGAGCAGGCAGAGCUGAUGUGGUCAGCAGCUUUGGGGUUAAAGUCGACUGUGCUCGGCUUCCUGCUUCCUCUGAUUGUGCUUCUGCUGUGCUAUGGCUUGCUGGGGCGACUCCUUUCCCGACACUUCAGGCUUGGUCCACGUCCUGAUCACGCGCGUCAACGAAGGCUUCUCCGUAUCAUCAUCACCCUCGUACUGGCCUUCUUCCUCUGCUGGCUGCCUUUUCACACCAACAAGACUCUCUCAGCUUUGGUGGAACUGGGAAUCCUUCCCUUUUCCUGUAGAUUUGAUCAGUGGUUGGUAGCAGCCCAUCCAUAUGCCAUCUGUCUGGGUUAUGUCAACAGCUGUUUAAACCCUCUGCUGUACGCUUGCUGUGACCCAGCAUUUCGUAGACACUGCAGAGGGCUGCUUGUGUGCACAUGGAGCAAAUGCCAAGGAGCAAAGGAGCAGAAAGAUUGCAACAACAGUUCCCCAGUACCAUCAGGAACACAUGAAAUGACAGUUAGCAAAGAUGAACUAUGAAAAGUGAAAGAGAUUUGGCAAAAGAACUCUGCAAAAGCUGAAGAAUCACAAUAUAUGGAUGCUUUAGCACAAGCAUUUUGUUGUCAGAUACUAAAAUUCAGAGCUGGAUCUUUUCUCUGGAAAAUUCUGGAACAGGAAUGUUAGAAUGUAAAAAAUGUCUUAAAUGACCUAAUAUUAAUAAGGCCUAGUACUGGAUUAACCUAAACCCUCCGGAAAACUGCCCCUUAAUGUUUAACUUUUUAUACUUGCAAUGCAAUUCAAACUGUUAUAGCAUGUUUCUUCAUCUUGUAUUGAAUUAUAAAAAGCUGCUGCCAUAUGUCACAAUAUGUAACAUGUAAAAUAAAGCUGUUUUGAGUGUAUUUUUAACCAAUUUCAAUGACAUUUAGGACCUGCAGGAAGUUCUUAAAGUAUAGUCAGGGCUGUGUAUCAGCAAGAAUCUGUUGAUACAAUACACAUUACGACACAGAUGUUGCAAUACAAUACAAUGCAAUACACAUUGCGAUACACAAAGCAAUAUAUUGGGGUAUUUCAAGGCAAGGCAGGCAAGGCAAGGCAAGUUUAUUUGUAUAGCACAUUUCAUACACAGAGGUCAUUCAAAGUGCUUUACAUAGAAAUGAGAAAACAAAAAAUCAAAGAUACAUGAAUUUAAAAUAUCAAUUAAAAGAAAAUAAAUGUGAUUUUAAUAAAAACUGUUUAAAUGUGUGAAAAAGAAUAAA